CAUUCUCCGACUCUCAUCAUAAAAGGUUACUCCGUAUAAAAUUGGUGGAAAACUUUAAUAAAUUUACUAUAUCGGUCUGAGCGCGAUUGCAGAAGCCUUGAUCCCAAAUUUAUUCCGUCUUUUAAGAAUAAAGAUACUUGAAUUUGCAGUUUCGGGAAAAGAAAAGCCAAAUGGAAGCAGAGAUUAAAGAAUUACUUGGUCAUCUUGAAACGCUCAAAAAAGAAAUGUUAGCUGAUUCCUAUCAGCUCCAGUUGGUUGAUAAGAUUCGGUUGUGUGCUGAGCAUGCCCUAACAAAGUCAGGACCUUUUAGACGCUCCAAAGUCAAGGAUAUGAGCUCUGAGGUGGUUGAUAGCAAUCCAUAUAGCAGGCUUAUGGCACUCCAGAGAAUGGGGAUUGUGGAGAACUAUGAAAGGAUAAGGGGUUUUUCUGUUGCUAUAGUUGGCAUAGGUGGUGUAGGUAGCGUUGCAGCUGAGAUGCUAACAAGGUGUGGCAUUGGUCGACUUUUAUUGUAUGAUUAUGACAAAGUGGAGUUAGCUAACAUGAAUAGGCUAUUUUUUCGCCCCGAUCAGGUUGGUAUGACAAAGACAGAUGCUGCUGUUCAGACCCUAGCUGAAAUAAAUCCUGAUGUUGUUCUUGAGAGUUAUACACUGAAUAUCACAACAGUUGAUGGUUUUGAGACGUUCAUGUCAAGCCUCCAGAACAAAUCAUUCUGUCUAAAUAAAGAAGGUACCGGGGUAGAUCUUGUAUUGAGCUGUGUAGAUAACUACGAAGCAAGGAUGGUCGUAAAUCAGGCAUGCAAUGAAUUAAACCAGAUUUGGAUGGAAUCUGGUGUAUCUGAAAAUGCUGUCUCAGGCCACAUACAAUUAUUAAUUCCUGGUGAAACUGCUUGCUUUGCUUGUGUGCCUCCUUUGGUAGUAGCAUCUGGAAUUGAUGAGCGCACCCUUAAGCGUGAAGGAGUAUGUGCUGCCUCUUUGCCAACAACCAUGGGAGUCAUUGCUGGACUCUUGGUUCAGAACACACUGAAGUACUUGUUAAAUUUUGGACAGGUGUCCCGAUAUCUGGGAUACAAUGCCCUGAAAGAUUAUUUUCCAACAAUGGAGAUGAAACCAAAUGUUCAGUGUUCAAAUGCAGCUUGCUUGGAGCGACAAAGGGAGUUCAUUCUUGCUAAGCCUGCCAGAGAUGCUGCUAAAAAAGCAAUGAUGGAGGAGGAAGCAUCAAAAGUAGCAGACUGCCCCCCCAUUCAUGCUGAUAAUGAAUGGAACAUAAGUGUACAGGGUGACAGUGAGCUAGAUAGCGCAAAAGCCCAAAGUUCAGGUCUUCUCCCAGAAGGCCUUGUUCAUGAGCUUCCAUCUGCAGAUGAAUUUUGUACCGAUCCUGCUUCGGAGACCACUGGCCCUGGUGAUGACCUUGACGAACUUAGAAAGCAACUUGAUGCUCUCAAUGCCAACAACUAAUCUCACACUCAGCUUCUGCGAGUUUCGAAAGGUUUUGCAGCCAGUAAAAUUAUAUUCCGUAGGAAUGGAGUCAAAGGACAAUUGUAGAUUUCCUGUAAGAACGCUCGCUGCACUCAUCAUCCCACAAAAACGAUAGUGUGAAAUUAUAAUUGUAAACUGAUCAUAAUUGUAAGAACAUUCGCUUCACUUUUUUGAAUUUGUAAUUGUAAACUGAUCAUAUAAAACUAUACAGUAUGAGCUACACAAGCAAAUUUGUAAGUGAAUAAGUGAUUUUUGAGUAGUUGUUCCUGAAUACUAACAUGGUUGGAUUUUCUUGUAAAAGAAACGAUGACUUUCGGCAAAACAACAUCAAAAUAGGUUGAGAUGUUAGAAAAUGG